AUGGGUGAUACUUUUGCCAGACUCGAGAUCUUGUCGCAGGCUGAAUACUGCCCACCUCUCGACCCUGCCCUGUUAUCUGCGAUCGUGUCCGACUUUGACUUGAAUGUAGAGAGUAACGUUCAAGAAGCAAGAGCCAUCCUCGAGCCUUUGAAAGAGUCGGCACUGGUAGAGGAAGCGGCAGGCUUCGACGCGUCUGGUACUGGAGGUGCUCGAGAUGGAGAGCUUCUCAACGCGACUCGACCUGAUUCAUGUCCUGGAACAAGCACAUCACUGUCGCGCGAGACAGACUUGACCAGCUUGUCAAAUGAUGUCUCGUCCAUUGACCUGCAAAGCGAGGGAAGCAGCACACCUAUACAUGGCGACAUAGCUGAAGACCUGGAGAAUGCGGAUGAAGAGACGAAGAUUGUGCGAUUGGAGGCAGUAUUGCAAGAUCGCGUCAGCCGGCAGAAGAUACAAUAUACCCUGAGGAAGUGCAACGGCAAAUGGCAUGCGGCGUUCGAUGAGCUGCUGAACCACAUAUGGCUUGACGAGGCAGAGAACAGCGAGGACGGAUCGCGCAUAGCGGCUAAGGGCAUUGAUGCAUUCUCAGAGGAGAACAUAGCGAAGAGAGGUCGCAAGAAAAAGACCAAGGCGAACAAAGUCAGAUACCUCGACGAGACACGAUCGAGUUCCUUGCCCUCGCCAACGGAGUCACCUGCUGGGCCAGUGAAUCAGUGGCAGGACUCGAACAUGGGCAUCGAAUACAUUACCAGCCGGACAGGACUGAGUUUCUCCUCGGUGGCUUCAAUCUACUAUAAGCAUUCUGCAUCGCUUGCUCAGACCAUUGGAGCGGUACUCAAGGACAACCUGAAUGCGAAGCCUGAGCUCGAGAACGAUCCCAUCAUAGCAGUCAACGUGCAUGAUCUGGGCACCGAGUUUCCGACGAUAGCAUUCGAGUACAGGACAGCCCUUGUUCGCUUGACACAUCCAUCGACAGCGGCAGCACAUGAGCUUGCCAAAGCUUUGACGACCCGGCCUACCGGCACCACUGGCGGCAUCAAGAUAGUACCAAAUUAUGUCAGACCCAAGAUCGACGACUCGGACUACGACGACAGAACAGUGUCAAGGUCAUCACUAGAUGCCUCACCCAUUGAUGGAUCAAGCUCAGCCGACCGUGCGUCUGCAUACGCUGCAGCUAGGAGCGCAGCACUAUCGCAAGCGUACGCCGCUCACCGAAGGGCGAAGUCGGACCGCCUCAUGGGAGGUGCCGCUGCAUACUACGGUCAAGUCGGUCGCGACUACGCAGCGCUAUCAUCGAAAGCCUCCGCGGCAGCAGCAGACCAACUAGCAGCGUCCCAAUCAACAAGAAACCAGCUGGACCUCCACGGCGUCGACGUUCUGAAUGGUGUUAGAAUCUCCCAGCAGAGAGUUGAGCAAUGGUGGACCAAUCUUGGAGAGCAUCGUGUUGAUGGAAGAAGGGGGGCUGAUGAACGACAGGCUGGGUACAACAUUGUGGUUGGGCUGGGGCGGCAUAGCGAAGGUGGAAGGAGUAAGCUUGGUCCAGCUGUGAGUAAGGCUCUCAGGAAUGCUGGCUGGAGGAUUGAGCAGACUGGUGCUGUCAUUGUGGUUAGAGGGAAGGCUAGGGGUUGA